UUUUUUUACUUGAGGACAUACAAACGGAAAACGGCCAGGAAAGGAAAUUUCCUCCGAAGAACAGAUUGAGGGGGAAAAAAAACAUUAACCGCUAACUGGUGUGGUGGAGUACUCACUUCACUUGUGUCUAAAAAAAAUCCACAGAUCCCUACUUUUAUCGGUUGUUCCUCUCUUCAAAAGCUGUAUAGCGAGAAGAGAAAGGGAGCAAGAAAAUAAAUAUAACGUAAUGGGGCUAGAAAUUGUGGAGCCAAAUUCCUGCAUAAGAGGAUGCUGUACUAGCAAUUCAAUCCCACUUCACCUCCCUCCUUCUUCCUACACCCUCCUCUCUCCAAUUGCCAAAGGGGCUGAGAGUGUGGUUUAUGGAGCUGUUUUGGAUGGGAGAAAAGUUGCUGUUAAAAAACCAAUCUUGUCUACUUCUGAGGACAUUGAUAAGUUCCAUAAGGAGCUUCAACUCCUAUGCAAGCUAGAUCAUCCUGGAAUUGCCAAGCUGGUUGCAGCUCAUGCAAAGCCUCCAAAUUAUAUGUUCUUUUUUGAAUUCUAUGAAUCUGGUAAUCUUUCUGAGAAAUUACAUGUGGAAGAAUGGAGUCCAAAUAUGGAUCAGGUGCUCAUGAUCACAGUCCAGCUGGCAAAGGCUUUGCAAUAUCUGCAUAACCACGAGAUUGUACAUAGGGAUGUGAAACCAGCAAAUAUUCUUCUUGAUGAAAACCUUUGUCCACACUUAGCAGAUUUUGGUUUGGCAGAAUACCAGAAAAAUCUUAAGGGAGUUUCUCUUGAGAACUGGAGAUCAUCCGGAAAGCCAACUGGUGGUUUCCAUAAAAAGAACAUGGUUGGCACACUCAUUUAUAUGGCUCCAGAAAUAUUGAGGAAGGAGAUACAUACUGAAAAAUCAGAUGUCUAUAGUUUCGGAAUAUCCAUCAAUGAGCUUCUUACUGGUGUCGUCCCAUAUACUGAUCUCCGUGCAGAAGCUCAGGCCCACACUGUACUGGAGAUGAACUAUACUGAACAGCAACUUACAGCAUCUGUGGUGUCUGGUAAAUUACGACCUGCUCUUGCUGGUCUGGGUUCGGGUGCUUCAGCAAGCAUACUUUCAUUAAUACAGAGAUGUUGGGAUGACAAUCCUCAAAAUAGACCUUCUUUUACUGAUAUACUAUUGGAACUUGAUCCAAUCUUGGAGAGUAGAAAGAAAUCAAUUGGAAAAGAUUUUUCCCUUGACAAAUAUUCUAUUUCACAUGGAGAUCAGCCAGCAGAUAGUGCCAAGAAUCUUACAACGUACCAGGAGAUUAUUAACUGGUCCACUCAGGGAGAAAUUCUAUCAAAGGCUCCUCCUGCAGUAGAUUCCAGUUUAAGAAUUUGGCUUGAUUGUUCAAAUGUUGGUUUGGCUUAUCGUCCAAUACUUUCCUGGGGAUCCUUUGCCACAUGCGGUAAAAGGGAGACUAUGGAAGAUACCCACUUCCUUAUGCCCCAUAUGUGCAACGAAAAGGAUAUCCAUGCUUUUGGUAUCUUUGAUGGUCAUAGAGGUGCAGCAGCUGCUGAGUUUUCAGCUCGAGCAUUACCUGGAUUUCUGCAAAGUACUGGUUCUGCCAGCAGCCCCAGAAAUGCAUUAGUUGAAGCAUUUGUUAGUACAGAUGCUGCAUUCAGAAAUGAACUGGAUACUCAUCGUAAAUCUAGGAGAGUUGUUCAGAAAGACUGGCAUCCUGGCUGCACUGCCAUUGUUGCUUUAAUAGUUACAAACAAGCUUUUUGUUGCAAAUGCUGGUGAUUGCAAGACAAUUUUAUGUCGGGCUGGCAAGGCCUUUCCUCUAAGUAAGGAUCAUGUCGCAAGCUAUAUUGAGGAGAGGGAGCGUGUGCUUAGUGCUGGGGGACAAGUAAAAUGGCAAAUUGAUACUUGGAGGGUUGGACAUGCUGCACUCCAGGUCACUCGAUCCAUCGGUGAUGAUGAUCUGAAGCCUGCUGUAACUGCAGAACCUGAGAUAACCGAAACUGUACUGUCAGCGGAAGAUGAAUUCCUGGUGAUGGGCAGCGAUGGGCUUUGGGAUGUCAUGAGUAGUGCAGAUGUCAUAAGCAUAAUCAAAGACACCGUCAAAGAACCUGGUAUGUGCUCCAAGAGAUUGGCAACAGAAGCUGCAGAACGAGGCAGCAAAGACAACAUUACGGUCAUUGUUGUCUUCCUGCGCCCAGUAUCGACAGCUGAGAGAAUUUAUUAGGCAAACUGAAAAUUGUCGAUCACAAAUGGAUGCUGUCGAGACCUAAACAAGAUAAUGUAUGCUUUUACUCGGUCUUCACUGCUUCAUGUAGUUUAUUCAUUCGUUUGUAUGAUAAUAAAUUAAUGUAUUAAUUUAUUUUCGUGAAGGCUUGUAAUUAUAAUUUGUAAUCAUGGAUCAUUGAUUGCUAAUCACCUGUACAACAGCGGGCGAUUGGCAAAUUUAAAUUUAAACUCCAAGCCCCAUCUCCUGAUUUUCGAUA